GCAUUCCACAGGGCUGCUCCCUUCUCAGUCUCCGCUGGCCGGCGGCCGGCUUGCAGCUCUGCAGCCUCUGAGCGAGCCUCCGGCCUCCCGUGCCCGUGCGCUCGCCCCCAUUGCUCCGGGACUGAGAUGGGAGCAUGCUUUCUCCCUGGCGCGCUCUUUGGGGGGGCGGGGGCAUUGAUCAUUCAGGGCUUUAAGCCCCACUGCGCUGGGUCUCUGUGCUUCAGCCACAAGGGACUCCCCUGACAGCAUGGCUGUUACGCAGGUGCUCUUACAUGUCCCCGAAGGACGUUAGUUCAUGGAGCCGCUGCUGCACCGGCCAGAUGUUUCGCCCAUCCAGAAUGUUCGGCUGGCACCCGCUGUUCACCGUGAGAGCUCAGUGGAAGAAAGGUGAGUGGCCAAAAGGUGUGGAGCUGCUUCGCAGAGAGCCUGCCGUUCCGAAAGAGCCACGAGGGUUCUUGCCAGCACGUCGGACUGCAGCAGAAGUGGGAGGCGAAAAGAUCCCACCCUUGGAUAGCAGCGUGGUUCUGACAAAUGUGAAGACAAUAAACAGUGAAAAAAGUAUAGACCAAGGACUAAUCCCGUACCCCCCUGCCAUGCCCGACUCUUCGGAGGAUCCCGGAGCCCCCAAACCAAGCAACCUUCCAGAGCAUCAAGCCAGCUCACCUGUCCCAGGUGCCGCUCCAUUGAGAGCAGAGCACCUGGUCUCCCUCUCUGGCCUCCACAGCUUGACAGUGAAGGGCCAGAAUCCCCGGCUGGCCAGGUGUGAGCCCGAAGGUGUGUGUGCAGAGCGCCCUGGUGGAGCCAGCUCUCAGCGAGCCCCGAAAGUCUCUGGGCAGAGCUUCGUGCUUCACAGCAGGGGCUCCUCCUGUGAUUCCGGAGUGCUCAGUUCCUCUUCCUCUCCGGUGGCCGAGCACAGCAUGAGAAUGUGCAAAGACAUUGCGGGCAGUGACCUGCACAGCUCCUCUCGCGAGCAGCCAGUCCAGUGCCUCACGGGGCAGCCGAGUGCUCUGCGGGAUUCCCUGGAGGAAGACGCUGGGUGUCCGGAGAGCAAGAAUCCUGACCCAUCUUUUUUCGGCGGCGCCCGAGGAAGAUGCUCAGAAGGAAAAACCGGAGGAGCGGUCCCGGCAUCCCUCCUCCCUGCAGAAGAGCAAAAGCCCAGCGGCGAGGACGGCGGUGGCCGUCUGGAGGAGCUGCCGCUGCCGGGGCAUCCCUUACGGAAGCACCCCACGAGCGACAGUCUGGAUGCGUACAUGGACGAGUGCUGCCGGCUGAGCCAGGUGAACCAAGGAAAUGCCAAGAAGCGCAGCUCCGGCCUGGGUUAUCUGGAGCACAUCUGCCAACUCAUUGAGAAAAUUGGACAGCUGCAAGAGCACAAUCUGAAAUUGCAGAAGGAAAUUGGCAGCUUGCAGAAGGUGCACAAAACCAGCCAGCUAAAUGAGGAGUACUUUCUGCAGCAGUGCUCCUGCGGGGCUGCCAGCAUGUUGCUCAGCUCAUCCCAAGAGCUGAAGAAUCCCCUUCCCGGGUGGAGAAGACCAUGCAGCUUAUUGGUCCAGAACGGAAACGUGUCUGACCUCUCAAUUAUUCCAGAAAUAGGCAGAAGAAAUGAACAAUCAAGGGAAGGAGGGAGCGUCCACCAGAAUCAAGAAAAUAACCAGCUGAUAAUUGAGUUGAAGUUGUCAAAUGUAAGGAAAACCGGAGAGAAGGAGUGGAGAGAAGGGUGCAGUGUGAGCGAUGGCCCGUCUUACUUGUCCAAGGAGCUCGCUCUGAAAAGGCAUGAAAACCGGGCCUGGGGAAGUAUGAGAGACCUUCUGAGGAAGACCCGGGGAAAGAAUGAGAGCAGGCCGGGCUUGCCGUCGGCUGCCUUGGAAAGAUCGUGCCCUCAGCUGUAUCGGCCUGACAGUGUGUGUGUGAACUUGGGCAAAGCAGAGAGAAACUCCAUGAUCGCUCUGAGACAAAGCUCAGGGCAUGAAAGCGACUGGCCUUCCUGACUGCAAAGAGAGAGGAGAAAGUUUGAGGUCUGAAUGGUGUGAAGUUGGGAACGAAUCAGUAUGUUGCAGACGGAUCUGGUAAACAGAAGCGAAGAGGCCACUCCUGAGAAGCCGGUUGCCUCCCCGGCGCAAUGCGUGCACUUAAGGCAUUCAAACUUAUUUUUCAAGAAUGCAGAUGUCUACAGAAUCUCUGCCGAGAUGCUUUUUCAGCAGUUCCAGCCGGAUAGCUGUUAUCUUAUAUACUAACAGCCCCCCAGAACCAAAACAAAGGCCUCACCAAGACAAAUGGCCCCUUUUUGCGGCCGUCACUAGGUGCACCAACUGCUCUCGACGCAAUCGUGCCAGCAGCGUCGCCAAGCAUUACAAUUAGUCUCUCAUUAGUGUCGCAGGGAUUGUUCAUGUUUAGGAGCAGCGGAAGCAAGACCCCUCUUAGUGUCACGCGCCGGCUCGUUCCUGCACCAAAUGUCCAAACCCAGUGACAGGGUGGGCUCUUGCUAGCGAAGGGGUCCAUAGACAUGCAGAAGGGUUGAUCGGGCUGCCGUGUGGGGCGGAUGUGGGAGUGGCAGAUGGGCUGGGGCAAGGAGGAAAAGGGAAGUGAAAUGCCAGGCUUUGCUGCAGGAGAGGAAGAAGGCUGGCUUGUUUUCCUCUUUUUUCUGUUUAAACUAUUACCCAAGUGCUUGUGCAGUAGAACAGAGGAGCAUGUGCAGGUUGCAGGAAACCGUCUAAGGUUCUUCCAUUUCAUUCCGAUUCAAAGGAAAAUUUAGGGGGUGCCGUCCUUAGUCCAACGAGCAAGAACCCGUUUGGAAAAUCAUGUGACUGCUGGUACGGCGCCUUCUUUCCCCCCGGCCAUCACCGCUGGCACUUGCCUACCUUGGGUGCCACUUCCCCCCAUGCUUAAUAGUCUGGGAGGAAUCUCCCAAGGCCGGCUCAGGACCGCGAGAGCGUCACUCUGGCAUUCUGGGCAGGGGUAGCCCCGCCCAGCACUGGAGCGCAGCCUCGCAAUGCUGCUCCAGAUCGACCGUGGCCCUCGGGCUGAGGGGGCUUCCCUCCAGGAGUGCCCGGCGCGCUUCCCACUUCUGUCCCCCCAGGCUUUGGCACUCCUCUUUGCGUUCCUGAUGUUUUAUCAGCCGACGACCUUGUUUCACUCUGCUUCCCUGAGACCCGCUGGAAUCGACGGAGCCGUAACUGUGUGGAGGGCUGCAACCCAGCGUCCCCCCGUGACAAACAACCACACAACCUGGGCACAACCACACAAAAUGCCACGGAGCUACGUACUUUCCCCUUUGCGCACUCAACAGU